AUGUUUAUGGAUCCGGGCAUUCGAGAGAUUUCCGGCAUGAUGAGCGGGUUCAAUUUUUGGAAUUCGAUGCUCGAUCAGGGGGGCGUCGAUAGCUUCAAGCCAAAUGAUCCCGACAGCUCCGUCGAUCACAGUAACUUCGUCGGAGAUCAAUCCUUUAUCCUUGUAUCGACUCCCAAUUGUCAUCCCAUGCCUCCGGCGAGCACGUAUCCGCGAGGGGAUUCUCCGGAGGACUCGGAGAUCUUCUCCGACAUAGCGCUGACUUACAUCAGCAAGAUGCUCAUGGAAGAGGACAUGGACGACAAGGUCAUCGUCUACCAGGAGGGGGCGGCUCUCCAGGCGGCCGAGAAGCCCUUCUAUGAUAUCCUCGGUGAGAAGUAUCCCCCUCCUCCUGGUCAGCAUAGCUCCGAUAGCCCCGAAGACAGCGGCAGCAGCAGUCAGCACGGGAAUUCCAUCGGCUCAGGGGUCGAUAAUGGCUGUUUUCAUGAUUUCGGUGAGGAACCUUCUCCUCAGAUCGGCAGCUUAUCUGUCAACCACUGCAUGUCUUCUUCUUCGUUCAGCUCCUCGAACGGCACCGCCGGUGUUUUGGACGGAAUCAGAGACCCUCAGUCGAGUGAGGCCGGGCGGAGAGUCGAUGAUCUGCUCGUCGAGAGCCAGCCAAUCCGGAAUUUCAAAAGAGGAGUCGAGGAGGCGAGCAAAUUCCUCCCAGAUCGUAAUAAACUGGUUAUUGAUUUGGCAUCCAACGGAUUAUCGUUGCCGAAGGAUCAGGCGAAGGUCGUACAGAUUGAUCCUGGCGACGUCAAGUUGGAGAAAGAGGAAAGGGGAAUGAUCCCCGUGAGUUCGAAGAAUCGGAAGAAUCCGCACCAGGAGGAUCUGUAUUUAGAAGAGGGAAGGAGCGUCAAGCAGUCGGCCAUAUACUCCGAGGACGACGUCGUCCGAUCGGAGAUGUUCGACAUGGUGCUCCUUUGCCACGGUGGGAAGCCGAACGAUGCGGUCACUAGCCUCCGGGAAGCUCUCCAGAACGAGGUGAGCAAGAACAACCCCCCCAAGAACAGCGGCCAAUCCAAGGGGGGAUCCAACGGAGGGAAAUCCCGAGGGAAGCGGCAAGUCAAGAAGGAGGUCGUCGAUCUGCGAACUCUCCUCGUCCACUGCGCUCAGGCCGUCGCCGCCGACGACCGCCGGAGCGCCAGCGAGCUCCUCAAGCAGAUCCGGCAGCAUUCGUCCCCCCACGGAGACGGAACACAGAGACUAGCCCAAUGCUUCGCGGAUGGGCUCGAGGCUCGCCUGGCCGGGACAGGUAGCCAGAUCUACAAAGCUCUCGUGGCGAAGAGGCAAUCCGCCACCGCCAUCUUGAAGGCCUACCAUCUCUACCUCGCCGCCUGCCCCUUCAAGCGGGUCUCCCACUUCUUCGGGAACCAGACGAUCUACAACGUCGCCGAGAAAGCGAAGAAGCUCCACAUCAUCGACUUCGGGAUCUACUUCGGCUUCCAGUGGCCGUGCCUGAUCCAGCGUCUCUCCACGAGGCCCGGCGGCCCCCCGAAACUGAGGAUCACCGGGAUCGACGUGCCGCAACCAGGGUUCCGCCCCAACGAGCGGAUCGAGGAGACGGGGCGGCGGCUGGAGGAGUACGCGAGGAAGUUCAACGUGGAGCUUGAGUACUUCCCGAUCGCGUCCAAGUGGGAGGCCAUCCGAGUGGAGGACCUGAGGAUCGACCCGGAGGAGGUGCUGGUGGUCAACUGCCUGUACAGGUUUAGGAACCUGAUCGACGAGACGGUGGUGGUGGACAGCCCCAGGAACACUGUGCUGAACAACAUCAGGAAGAUGAACCCGGCCGUGUUCAUCCAUGGCGUGGUCAACGGGGCCUUCAGCGCGCCUUUCUUCGUGACGCGGUUCAGGGAGGCGCUGUUCCACUUCUCGGCGCUGUUCGACAUGCUGGAGGCGACCGUGCCGAGGGAACACCCGGAGAGGCUCCUGAUCGAGCAGGAGAUCUUCGGGAGGGAGGCCAUGAACGUGAUCGCCUGCGAGGGCUCGGAGAGGGUGGAGCGCCCGGAGACCUACAAGCAGUGGCAGGUCAGGAAUCUCAGGGCGGGCUUCACCCAGCUGCCGCUCGACCCGGAGAUCAUGAACAAGUGCAGGGACAAGGUGAGGUCCGUCUACGACAAGGACUUCGUCAUCGACGAGGACAGCCGGUGGCUCCUGCAGGGAUGGAAGGGACGAAUCAUCUACGCCAUCUCCACCUGGAAGCCGGACGCCCUCAGACUCUGA